AUGAAUGUUUUCCCUGGAUUGACACCAAGGCCAGAUUCCUUGGGCCAGGUUUCCACAACGCAUCUGUGUAAUCUUAAAACCGAGAUAAUGCAAAAUGAAUCCCGAUUGGAAAGUUAUCCUCUAUCCAAAGGAAUAUUGGAUUUAAUAUUUUCUUUAUUAUGUUCAUAUAUGCCUAAAAAUCUUGGCGCAGAUCACCGAAAGCCAGGGAUACAGCCUUACGUAACCUUUGUUGUUGACGAAAUUUUUUUUAAAUUUUACGACCGACAAUAUAAAAAUUCUACAGAAAAAUGGGAAAUAGGAUGGAAAUGCUUGAAGAUAGUAAAUUAUAUAAUUCAAAAAUAUGAGCCAAAAGUUAAUGAUUUUGUAGAACAGGAAGAUGAAAGUCCGCCUUUGGGAUAUUAUAUAAUGCUGCAAUUGCAAAAGAAGUCUCAUUUAUUGAAUCUUAUUCUUUUAAUAAUCGACGACGCAUGUCAGCAUCUUGAUGAAUAUGAACGCUUUAAUGAGAGAGAAGUGCUUGAAGAAUGUUCUCUUCUUAGUCUUACAAUAAUAGAAGAAGGCUUAAUCAAACAGACGGAAUUUUUAAAUUUACAUAUUACCGCAAAUAGCCCAGGUAUACUUUUUGGCCUAAACAAAAUGCUUUUAGAUGUUAAUCCUAGAAGCCAACGGCCGGAUCAUCUCUUAAACAUAACGAAAUUUGUAAUGUACUGUAGCUGGCUACCUAAACACUCGCUUGCUGCUGUCAAUAUACUCAAUAUGGUGUCGAGAAUGCCGAAUAUAUCAAGCCAAAUAUUGGACGUUUUUAUUUCCAACGGACAUAUAUAUGAUGAAAUUCGUCAAGGUUUUGUUGAUUGCUUAGAUAUGGAAACAAAUUCAAUAACAAAUACUACGCGGUGGACGUCAAAUAACUUCCACUCUUCCUAUAAAAUUCACAUUAAAAUCAAAACUGUAAUCAUCGAUUUGCUCAGAAAUUGCAUAUUACAACCAUAUCCAAAUAUCGGGCUAUACCUUCUGGGAUUUGAAUAUGCAAACGACGCUGGGGAAAAACAAAAACUCAAUAUUACCGAUGCAACUAAUCACUGUCUACGAGCGCUCACAGCUUUGUUAGACUUUCAUUUAGAGACAAUGAAAAUUUCUAACGCUUAUGAUGCAGAUCUUGAGCAAAUCAUCAAAAGCUCCUAUUUUCUUUUAUAUUUGUUCUGCUCAAAUACUCGUACGUCAGAAGGAAUGCUGCGGUAUUUACGUUCUUCGAAUGAUUUCGUUUGUCGACACUUAAAAGAACUUCCCUUUAAAAAUAUGCACUAUUCAAAUAUUCUUUACCAGACAAGUUACUUAUUGGAAUGCACCGCAAUUGAGUUAAAACUAGCAAGCUCCUACUGUCAAAUAAGUAGAGUCCAACAAAUCUGCGAAAUAUUAGUGGGAACUGCUACUAAUAAGACUGAAGACCAGAGGUCCAUUAAUUCAACGUUGUUUUUUUCCCAUUCAUCACCACUUUUAAUGGAGCAUUUCAUCAAAUCAAAAGCGGAAAAUAUACCAAACUUUCUGCUUAGUAACAUUUUGGACUGGUUGAUGUUUGAGUCAAGUGAUGUAAAUAAUCCUAAAUGGGAUUUUUUCGAUAUAUCUUUAUCCAAGCAAAUAUUCGAUGAAUGUGAAUCAAGCACCGAUGAAGGGCUUUUAUUAAUUAACUUACCAAAACUACACAAAAUAUUGCAUGAUGAGUUAUGCAACGUGCAAGGCACUGUAGUAAGUGGACAAAGAAAACUUAUAUUGCAAGAAAUUGAAUCCAUAUUAAUGUAUGCACUUAAAAUAAAUGAAAUGAGGAAUAAAAACAGAGGAACAAUAAAAUUAGUGGAUGCCUGGGCCCAGGUCACCGAGAUUUUGUUCAUUCAGGUUUUCGAAAGUACUUUGCCGUAUUCUAUAAAACAGGAACUCCUAUUUGAAAUAUUACAAAAACUUCUCAACAAAGCUGUUUCUAUUCCCUCAGCUUUAGAGGUAACAAUAUUAAUAUCUGAAGCAGUUUUCAUACUAAUUGUCUGCCUGAGGCAAUGUUUUUCACAGAAACCAAACGAUCCAGGUAAGUUAGACAGAUUUACUAAAAUAUCUAUAUAUAUAAAAAUUAAAUGUUUUCUGUAUGACGACGAUGCCUGA